AUGGACUUGAACGGGGUGGCGGAUCGUUGGACUGUCGCGGAGGACUUUGGAGGUUGCCGUGAUGCACGUGACUGGGUAACCAGCUUUGGGAUUUUGGUGAUUGGACUAACCCGUGAAGCAUCGGAUCCACUCAUGCAACUGCUUUGCGUCGUGCAGAGUGGGAUUGGACAGUCGACGUUCUGCUCUUCGUUACGAACUGCUUGA